GGUGGCGUCCCGCCCCUUUGUUGUAGUUGCUUCCCUUGAGAGAGAGAGAGAGUCUGUCAACGGUCCUAACGCCACCGAGCCUGCUCUGAAGAAGGAGGAAGUGGAGCUGAACCCCGGGUCGAUACACCUUGGUAACUCGGAAUUUUAUUACAACAAGGAGAACAGGCGUGAUUUUGAUGGAACCUGUCAGCACUGCAUCAUGUCCUUUCUUGAUGACAUCUCAAGGCCGUUCCUGUCAGAGCUGAGUGCCGAGAUCGUGUGUCCGAGAUCGUGUGUAUCAUCUCUUCAGUCUCAGUCAAGUUAACCCACUGUCUGCUGAGCUCGCCCAUAGCUUCUAACAUGGCUCCUGUGCCCCCUGGCAUUCGGUUCCUGGCGUCCUUUAACCGGGAGCAGUGGUACCGAGCCUUCACGUUUGCCCUCACCUUUCUGCUCUACACCAGCUUCCACCUGUCCAGGAAGCCCAUCAGCAUUAUAAAGAGUGAACUCCAUAAGAACUGUACGCAGAUUAGAGAGGUGACGUCUACUGUAAAACACAUCAGCAGUCAGCAUCCCGUUAUCAUUGAAACAGACUGCAGCUGGAAACCAUUCGAUAAAGAAAACUAUAAGCAGCUGUUGGGGGCGAUGGACUACUCGUUCCUGUGUGCCUAUGCUAUAGGCAUGUAUCUGAGUGGGAUUAUCGGAGAGCGGUUGCCCAUCCGCCUCUAUCUGAGCGUGGGGAUGCUGACCAGCGGCCUCUUCACCUGUUUGUUCGGACUCGGAUACGUCUACGACGUUCACAGCCUCGGAUUCUACAUCUUCGUCCAGAUUGCCAAUGGAGUGGUGCAGACUACUGGCUGGCCCAGUGUGGUGACCUGCAUUGGGAACUGGUUUGGCAAGGGCAGACGAGGUCUGAUCAUGGGGCUGUGGAACUCUCACACUUCUGUCGGGAACAUCCUGGGUUCUCUGAUCGCCGCGCACUACGUGUCGUCUAACUGGGGGCUGUCCUUCAUCGUCCCCGGCAUCAUCAUCGCCGUCAUGGGCAUCAUCUGCUUCCUCUUCCUUAUUGAGCACCCAAACGAUCUGAAAGCUGCUACCACUCAACAUGCAAUCAAUGGCCACCAGAAGUUGAACAAAAGCUGGAACGGCGUUAACGGCCAUAAAGACCUGUACCUGCAGUAUAAACCAGGAGCCCAGACUUCUGAUACAGAGCUGUUGUUGGGGCAGGACAGUGCAGGAGUGUGUGUUCCUGUGCAGCAGGUGAUCGUAGUGAAGCGUGAGGUAGAGCCGGGUGCCAUUAGUUUCAUGGGAGCUUUACGCAUACCGGGUGUGGUGGAAUUCUCUCUGUGUCUGCUGUUUGCUAAGCUGGUCAGCUACACGUUUCUGUUCUGGCUGCCCCUUUAUAUCACGAAAGCAGCUCACCUCGAUGCAAAGAAGGCAGGCGAUCUCUCCACCCUGUUUGACGUGGGCGGAAUCGUCGGUGGAAUCCUGGCAGGAGUGGUCUCGGAUAAGACGGGAAAGAGAGCCACUACGUGUGCUGUGAUGCUGCUCCUGGCUGCUCCGACACUUUAUGGCUUCUCCAUGAUGAGCCAGUUUGGUCCGGGCCCAACAAUCGGCAUGCUGCUGGUGUGCGGGGGGCUAGUCAACGGACCUUAUGCCCUCAUCACGACCGCUGUGUCUGCUGAUCUGGGCACCCAUAAGAGCCUUAAAGGCAACGCACGGGCUCUGUCGACAGUCACUGCCAUAAUUGAUGGGACAGGGUCAGUUGGUGCUGCAAUAGGCCCCCUGCUGGCCGGGCUGCUGUCUGCACACGGCUGGGAUCAGGUCUUCUACAUGCUCAUGACGGCAGACUUUUUUGCACUGCUGCUGUUGCUGAGAUUGGUGUUUAAGGAGUUUAGUUCAAACAAGAACACUGCAAGACAGUCUGUAGAACUGAAGGAGCACUGAGCACUUUGCACUAAAUUCCAGUGGAGGAGGAAGACCCUGGAUGGAGACUCGACGCUUCCUAACCCGGGACCACAGCUUGAAUCUGUUCUCAGAUACAACACCCGCCCUUUCGGCUUGAUCACGUUCACUGUGCUUUGUGCUGCUCUGGGAGUGUAAUGGGACAAAAUAUUUACUUGAACUCUUUCACCAUCGCUGUAGCCUGAGUAGCAGCCUGGUACAAGAGUGCCUUCUUUACCAGCUGAAGUCCUCCUCCACCCACUGCUUCAAACCAAUGAAGUUCUUUAGACAUUUAAAUUUGAGCUGUAUCAGAUCAGAGAAGGAAUCCGUCUUAGUCUAAAUGUUUAUCAUCGCCUUCUGUGUUCGAUAUUAGUGUAAGCGUCCUUGUGAUAAGGUUUUUUUUGCCGAGUCAGAUUGUACGAGGUCUAGGUAUUUAUGUAGAUCGUGUAAUAUUUAUUGUCGGAAUGCAGUAUCUUUUCAGAAUCCACUCACGGUUUGGAAAUAUACUGAUAUUUAAAGGGGCAGUGUGUAAUUUUUAACUUCAGGUAUAGUUUAGGUAAACUCUGAGUCGCAUUAUUCAGUGGACCUCGGUAGUUUCUUCACUUUAGGCUGAUGCUUCAUUUAUUUCUGGGACUGAAAAUAGUUCCACUUCCAGCCCAAACAAAGCUUCUCUGCUCAACCCUUUCCACUGAAAAUCGGCUCAUCGGGUAAAUCCCGUUUCAGGAGAGAGGGUGGGGUCAGUUAGGCGUGACGAUGAAGGCUUGUAAAUAUACUUUCACUGCAGUUGCAAUUCCCCUUGGAGGCACCAAGAGGCUCUAAAAGUUGCAAACCGCUCCUUUAAUAGUGCAUUUUCGCCAGUAACAAAUGAAUCCAUGGGCUAAACUCGAUGGGCUUUAACUGGAGAGAGUCUGUGGGAAUGUAAAUAGUUGCGAUGUUUUCCGCUUCAUGACUUUUACUGUACAAUCCCAACCACUCCAGUGGAUUUCUGUAUUUUCGAACUGAACACACUUUAAUGAGCACAUCCACAAAGUCAGUGUCAGGUGUUCGACAGAGAAAACACAGAUAUGUAGCAUACAUGGUGUGACCAGGUCUAGAACUGUGAACUUCCCCCAGUAAAUCAACGAAAGCGAAAAGGAGCUACUUAGUGUGACGCUUCAAUAGACGUGCGUUCAUUAUUAGAAACAUUUGCUUGCUUUUUAUUUUUUCUUUAUUUAGAUCAUUUUUUUUCAGUUUGCAUUCCAAUCUUUCUCCUUUCCCUGCUGUCGGGAAGUGUGUAAAACAGUUUCUCCAUCUGUACCACUAAAUAUCUCUUCAAGUACACGCAAAGUACACAGAUAAAUGAGUUGUGUGUGUGUAUGAGGAUGUUAUUAAUAUAUUGUUCUUCAUUCACGUCUGCCUUUCUACAAACCAAAGUCAAAACCUUAUAUGUUAUUUAUACACAAAUGUUAUAUUUGUGUUAUUUAAAUACUGUGUUUUAAAUACUGUGGUUCGGAGUGCGUUAAGUCUCUCGGGGAUAUCGAGAUCGUUCCGUUUUUUUUUUCGGACUGGUUCAGAUUCACACAAAUUUAGACAAACGUAAGCCGUCGUCCGUUUUGCCCGGAUGCACUGCGAGCGUGUACACGAGUGUGUUCAGUACUGUGGUGUCAUAGGCGGCUUGAAGGAAUCCAAUCAUUUUUCCGUCGUCACGGAUACUUUUGUUUUCAGGAAAACAUUGCUGUUCUUCUUGUUGUUGUUAUUAUUAUUAUUAUUAUUUAGAUAUUGUAGGUAUAUACACUGUUCAUUUUCAGUAAUGAGUGCACGUGGAAGACCGAGUACGCAGUAGGCAAACACGAGAUCGCUUAAAACACGAUUCACCGACAAACUGGACCCUUGACUGAAAUGCCGUGCCGAAGAAUGAAGCGGUCGGAUCUGUCCCGUGACCCAGCUGUACGUGGACGUCACAUUAUAGAUGGUUGAAUGUAUUUUUGUAUGCGGAUGUCACUUCUAAUUCUUUACUGGUGUUCCGACGACAUGAUUGUGCCUUGUUUUCUAUUUUAUCGUUCUUUACGUCGGUCUGUUUUUGUCUGUCAUUUUCAGACUCCUUUAGAAACUCAUUGCACUAGCUGUGCUGGGAAGUCGCUUUGUGUGAAGAGAUUAUAGGAAUGAAUGUGAACAAAUUCGCAUUAUGAAUAAAGAGGAAUAUCGACUGUU